AUGUUGAACUCAAUAACUAGAAAACCUUUUCCAAUUAUUUUUAAUGGAAUAAAACAAGAUUAUACCACUAAACAUGGAAGAAAGCAUACUGUGACAUUGAUUCCAGGAGAUGGUAUUGGACCAGAGAUUGCAGAAUCAGUUAAAGCAGUAUUCAAAGGAGCCAAUGUUCCAAUCGAAUGGGAACAGUAUAAUGUUACUGGGUAUACUAAAGAUAGUGAUUUGUUAUUUCAACAAAGUCUGGAAAGUUUAAGAAGAAAUAAAGUUGCAUUAAAAGGAGCAAUCUAUACAUCCUUAAAAAAAGAUGAUCAUCCAUCUUUUAAUGUUGCAAUGCUUAAAGAUUUAGAUAUUUAUGCAUCAUUGGUAUUAAUAAAAAAUAUUAAAGGAUACCCAACACGUCAUAGUGAUGUAGAUUUUGUUCUUAUCCGUGAGAAUACUGAAGGAGAAUAUUCAGGACUAGAACAUCAGUCAUAUCCAGGAGUAGUGGAAUCAUUGAAAAUUACAACUAGAGAAAAAACUGAACGCAUUGCACGAUUUGCAUUCGAUUUUGCACUUAAAAAUGGACGUAAAAGAGUUACAUGCGUCCAUAAAGCCAACAUCAUGAAACUUGGAGAUGGAUUAUUUUUAAAUACGUGUCGUAAAAUUUCAGAAGAUUAUAAAUCAUCAGGAAUUGUAUUUAAUGAUAUGAUAGUUGAUAAUUGUUCUAUGCAACUUGUAUCCAGACCACAACAAUUCGAUGUUAUGGUAAUGCCUAAUUUGUAUGGAGCAGUUGUAAGCAAUAUCGGUACAGCAUUGGUUGGUGGACCGGGUAUUGUUCCAGGUGCAAAUAUAGGUAGAGAAUUUGUAUUAUUUGAACCGGGCACACGUCAUGUAGCUAGAGAUAUUGAAGGGGAUAAUAAAGCUAAUCCAACAGCAUUUAUUCUUUCAGGAGUAUUGUUGUUAAGACAUUUAGGACUUGAUGAUUAUGCUAGCAGAAUUUAUGAUGCAGUAAUUAAAACGGUGCUACAUGGAUCGGCCAAAACUCCUGAUAUGGGUGGUAAUUCUAAAACGACAGAAUUUACACAUGAAGUUAUUUCUAAUUUGUAG